UAAUAAACGGACACUCUAAUAACCGGACGCGGACAAAGUAUUUCAAACCAUUUUCAUAAAAAAAUUUCUCAUAAACGGACAAAAUUCAAAAAUAUCACAAGCAAGCUUUGUUGUUCAUUAUAAAAAUGAAAUAGGUGAUUCCCCUUUUAACAUGUAUGCACACAUUCAAGCCCUGUGUUUUAAAUUAAGAGUAGUUUUCCAUUCAGUUUGUUAAGUCAGUUGUAUGCGAAUGGUUGCGUUCAAAGUUCGUAAUAAUAUGGCGCCGAAAAGGAAGGUACUUUUUAUUAAAGAAAAAAUGGAAAUUAUUAAUGUAUUCGAAAAAGAUAAAUUAUCAGUACGUGGAAUUGCAAAAAGGUUCAAUAUUGGCAAAACACAAGCUGCUGAAAUUAAUAAAAAUAAAGAAAAAAUUCGUUCUAAAUGGGAGUCUGGAGUUAAUGUUCAUCAAAGGCGAAGCUUUCUUAAAGAAGGCGGCUCUGAAAUAGACAAGAUGUGUUUUAAUUGGUUCGCUAAGGCUAGAAGUCAAAACAUUCCGAUUUCUGGUCCCAUUUUGAAAGCAAAGGCAAUGGAAAUUGCAGGCAAACUGGGUGUACCUAAUUUUAAUGCUUCAGAUGGAUGGUUAAACAAACGGCGAAUAAGGAAUAAUGUUGCUUUCAAAUGCGUAUCUGGUGAAGCUGCAGAUGUAAACCAGGAUGGUGUCGAACAGUUUAGGACAAAACUGCCAUCUCUGUUGACCGGUUACAAGCUUCAAGACAUUUACAACGCAGACGAAAGUGGGCUUUUUUUUCGUGCCUUACCUGACAAAAUCCUCGCUCUUAAAUCCGAAAAAUGCGUGGGCGGUACACUAUCAAAGGAAAGACUCACAAUUUUGUUCUGUGCUAACAUGGCUGGAGAUAAGGAGCUGCUUUUGGUUAUAGCCUCAGAGCUUUCAAAAUCGAUUGAUGUACUAGAAGCUGUGUAUUUCAUCAAAGCAUCUUGGGAUAAAGUGGAAGCCACAACCGUCCGAAAUUGCUUCCGUAAAGCAGGAUUUUUGGAAACUUAUGAGGAUCUUCCAGAUUUUGAUUCUGAAGAUGAUAUUCCACUGGCAAUCUAUACUAGGCUUCAGGAAGGACUAGACUUGGCAAAUGAUUUGGAAGGUUUUCUCCAAAUGGAUCAAAAUGUUUUCACUGAGGACAACAAUAUAGAAAUUCAAUUUGACCAACAAGAUGAUACUAUGGACAUAAGUGAUUCAGAAGAUGAAUUUUCAGAAGAAAUAUGUGAGCCUAUAACAUCAUAUGAUGAGGCUUUAAAACUUGUUGCGGGCUUGAAACGAUUUGCAAAAAAUGACUAUGAGCACUAUCAAGCAUUACCGAAUUUUUUCAAUCAAACUAGUAUUGAAAUGUAA